AUGCCUGGACUUCGGCAGCCCAAGAACGGUUAUCGAAAAGGAGGAAAACAAGCCUACCAUGGACCACGGAAAGCAAAGACCUUCACCCCCUCAAAUCGAAACGAAGCAACGUCAACAGACGAGAAGCGAGAAGCCGUGAAACUUGCACAUUCGAUUGAUGAAGCUCAGGGUUUUGCGCGCUAUGAAUCUGGAAAGAAGAAGGUUGGAUGGCUUGUUAACAUCAACGCGACAAGUGUAGAAGAUGAUAAGAUACCGGACGGUAGGGCAGGUCUGGACUGCUACUUUAUCGAGGAAGACGGGGGCACAUUCAAAGCAACUCUCGAGUAUGACCCGUACUUUCUGGUCGCAGUAAAAAGAGGGCAUGAGCCAGAGGCGGAAGAAUGGCUAAAACGAGCGCCGGGAGGUGGUGUUGUAAAAAAUUUGCGGAAAAUCGACAAAGAGGAUUUACAAAUGCCAAAUCACUUACUGGGCUACCGGCGAACGUUUUUCGAAUUGCGGUUUAAUAAUGUCAAUGAUCUUCUCGCGGCGAGAAGGGAUAUUAUGCCUAUUGCCGAGAAGAACAAGAAGAACAUGAAUGCUAUGGAUACAUAUGCUGAGGUCGCCAGUGCAAAUGCUGGGUUUGACCUCUUUGACGAAGAAGAUGAUAGGCGACUUAAUGUUUCUGUUGCGGAUGCUAGCGAUUAUAUUGUGGAUAUUAGGGAAUGGGAUGUACCAUACCAUGUACGAGUAAUGAUUGAUAUGGAUAUACGGACGGGAAAAUGGUAUUCUGUUGAGGCGAAACAUGGUACAACGACUUUUAAAUGUCUAGAGGAGCGAUUACAGCGAGCGGAUCCUGUGGUAAUGGCGUAUGAUAUUGAGACAACGAAACUGCCCUUGAAGUUCCCCGAUGCGGCGAUUGACCAGAUUAUGAUGAUUUCAUACAUGAUUGAUGGACAGGGGUUUUUGAUCACAAACCGAGAGAUUGUUUCUGAAGAUAUCGAGGAUUUCGAGUACACACCAAAACCGGAAUAUGAUGGGCCAUUCAUGAUCUUCAACGAACCAGAUGAGAAAGCGGUUAUUGAACGGUUCUUUCUACACAUCAAGGAGGCGAGGCCGACCGUGAUAGCAACAUACAACGGUGAUUUCUUCGAUUGGCCCUUCGUGGAUGCCCGAUCAAGUGUGAAUGGAAUCGAUAUGUACCAGGAGAUUGGUUGGAGGAAAGGUUCUGACGACCAAUAUUGCUGUGAUUACAGUGCCCAUAUGGAUUGCUUUCAUUGGGUUAACCGAGACAGUUAUUUACCGCAAGGAAGUCGUGGCCUGAAAGCUGUCACUACAGCUAAACUUGGAUACGAUCCGGACGAACUAGACCCUGAACUCAUGCUUCGAUUCGCAAGUGAGCGACCGCAAACCUUGGCCGAAUACUCUGUAUCUGAUGCGGUGGCCACUUACUACCUGUACAUGAAAUAUGUACAUCCUUUCAUCUUCUCGCUGUGCACCAUUAUUCCAUUAGGCCCAGAUGCGGUUUUGCGAAAAGGAACUGGAACGCUUUGUGAGAUGUUGCUAAUGGUAGAAGCUUACAAAAAGGAGAUCGUGCUUCCCAAUAAGCACGUAUCUCCCAAAGAAUCGUUCUGGGACGGCCAUCUCCUCGAGUCGGAAACAUACGUUGGUGGACACGUUGAAAGUAUAGAGGCUGGAGUGUUUCGCGCAGAUAUCCCUGUCAAUUUUGCUGUCGACACUACGGCAAUUGAUGAGUUGCUUGAAGACUUAGAUGCGGCUUUGAAGUUCAGUAUUACGGUCGAGGAAAAGAAAUCGCUGGACGAUGUCACGAACUACGACGAAGUGAAAGAACAGAUCAAGAACCGGUUGAUCAGCUUAAAGAUGACUGCAAAUCGAAGCGAACGGCCUUUGAUAUAUCAUUUGGAUGUUGCAUCCAUGUACCCAAAUAUAAUGACUACCAAUCGCCUGCAGCCUGACUCCAUGAUAGAGGAAGCAGACUGUGCGGCAUGCGAUUUCAACCGGCCAGGAAAGACUUGCGAUAGAAGAAUGCCAUGGGCGUGGAGAGCCGAGUAUCUCCCUGCAAAACGCGACGAAUACAACAUGAUUCGUCAUGCUCUCGAGAAUGAAAAGUUUCCUGGAAAGUGGCCGACAAGUCCGGCGAGGACAUUCCAGGAUCUUAGCGUAGACGAGCAGGCUACAUUGAUCAGGAAACGACUUCAAAUCUACAGUCAGAAGAUUUAUCAUAAAAUCCACGAAUCGAAAACUGUAGAGAGAGAAGCGAUCAUCUGCCAGCGAGAAAACCCUUUUUACAUCGACACAGUGAGGGAUUUUCGAGAUCGCAGGUACGACUACAAAGGGAAGCAGAAAGUGUGGAAAGGAAAAACUGAGGAACUGAAAGCUGCAGGGGCCUCUGCUACCGAUGUGGAAAACGCCAAAAAGAUGAUUGUACUCUUCGACUCGUUACAAUUGGCCCACAAGGUCAUUCUUAACUCUUUCUACGGAUAUGUCAUGAGAAAAGGCUCUCGUUGGUACUCCAUGGAAAUGGCCGGUGUUACUUGUUUAACGGGAGCCCAUAUCAUUCAAAUGGCGCGGCAACUGGUUGAAAGAAUUGGACGGCCUCUAGAACUUGAUACCGACGGAAUUUGGUGCAUGUUGCCAGCAACAUUCCCUGAGAAUUAUGCCUUCAAGCUCAAGAACGGCAAGAAGCUCACAAUAUCAUAUCCCUGCGUCAUGUUGAAUCAUCUUGUCCAUGACAAGUUCACGAAUGACCAGUAUCAGACUUUAGUUGACAAGAAAACCUUCAAGUAUGAGACUCACAGCGACAACUCAAUCUUUUUCGAAGUCGAUGGACCUUACCGAGCGAUGAUUCUACCUACUUCCAAGGAAGAAGACAAGAAUUUGAAGAAGCGUUAUGCCGUUUUCAAUGAUGAUGGCAGUCUGGCAGAAUUGAAAGGGUUUGAAGUCAAGCGAAGAGGAGAGCUGAAACUUAUCAAAAUCUUUCAACAGCAGAUUUUCAAAUUCUUCUUGGAAGGCACAACCUUGGCGGAGACCUAUGGCGCGGUCGCGAAGGUCGCAAAUCAAUGGCUCGAUGUUCUCCACUCCAAGGGAACAACUCUUGCUGACGAAGAAUUGAUCGACCUUAUUUGUGAGAACCGAAGCAUGUCCAAAACUCUCGAAGAAUACGGUACUCAAAAGUCGACCUCUAUUACAACGGCUAAGCGAUUGGCAGAUUUCCUGGGUGAACAAAUGGUAAAAGACAAAGGCUUGAACUGUAAAUAUAUUAUUUGCUCUCGACCAAAGAAUGCUCCUGUUACGGAAAGAGCUAUUCCUGUCGCCAUUUUUUCAGCUGAGCUGUCAGUCAAGAGAUUCUUUUUGCGAAAAUGGCUCAAGGAAGAUCCUACAAAUAUGGAUCCAAGAGCAUUACUUGACUGGGACUACUACCUAGAGCGACUGGGGUCAGUCAUUCAGAAACUGAUAACAAUUCCCGCCGCUUUGCAAAAGGUUCGGAAUCCAGUUCCAAGAGUGGCUCAUCCGGAAUGGCUACAGCGACGAAUCAAUGUUAAGGACGACAAGAUGAAGCAGAAAAAGAUGACUGAUCUUUUCAAAACAGCUCCCUUGGAAGAAAUCGUUAAUUUCGCGGAUCCAAGAAUGGCCGAUAUGGAAGACUUUGGAACCCAGUUAUUGAAGCCAAAGCAAAUCGGCAAACAACUAUCGCAGGCGGCGCAAAAGCCUCAAAAGAGGAAGUCCCCUGAACCAGAUGUCGCUGUAUCCAUUAAUCCAUAUGCUGCAUUGCCGGAAAAGAUGCCCAGUAUGACUGAAGAUUACCUUGGCUUCCUCGAAUACCAGAAGCAAAAAUGGAAGAUUCAAAGACAGGCACGAAUUCGACGUCGUCAUCUGUUUGGUGAGACUCGAGCUCUCGGACAGAGUGAUAUCGGUGCUACAUUUCGAAUUCAAGCCGAGCAGACUUUCAAGGGUACUUGGCAGGUUCUUCAGCUACGAGCCACCGAGAGCCCUGGUAUCGUGAACGCCUACGUCCUAAUUGAUUCAAAAAUUCAUACACUAAAAAUCAAUGUUCCAAGGCAUUUAUUCCUGAACCUUAAGGGCAAGGAAUUGCCAGAUAUCGAGGUUGACGGAUGUGAAGCCGAAAAGGUCAACCACACAUUGCCGAACGGUCAUCCUUCGGUGCAUCUCUUCAAGUUGACUAUGCCGGAGGAAGUCUAUGUCAACGAUGCGCAAAAGCUUUCGUUAUUAUUCAACCAUCCUAGCGUCGAAGGGGUUUACGAAAAGCAGGUUCCACUUAGCGUCAGAGCUGUUCUUCAACUAGGUAGUCUUUGUACCUUUGACGAAAAACAACCUGGUGUGCUAGGAAAGGGACUUGAGGCCGCUUUUGACCUCUCAGGUUUGAGACCAGCUACUUCGAAACAGCCAUACCUCUUUCAGUCACCCCUGGGGUAUGUUUAUCUGUAUCAUGUAACCAUUGGUGAACGCCAGAUCUUCGCCGUGUUCUCAACUGCCACAGAACAAGCUCACAUCAUCAUACUGCUAAAGUCGAAAGAUCCUAAUUCGGAACUACCCAAUCUCUCAAAGACAUAUAUGGAGGGUUUGGCCAAAAGACAUGAGGAAGCUAGUGGCCAGUCAUGGCAGACUUGUUUCGAAUAUCAAGAAAAACUUCAGUUCCACACAAAGCAGGUCACCACAAGACGAAAAGCACUGUUGGAAGUUGGGGACAUCAUUAAGAAAAUGCGAAAUGACCAGUCGCAACCACUCAUGCUAGUCAUUCAGUCGCCUCAACGGCGCAUGCUCAUGCACGAUAUCCCAAUCGUGCGCGAAUUUCCUGUCCUGCCACUGAAGUACGAGGUCAAUGAUAGUAAGCCACCGACAAUAGGUUGGCAACAAUUCGUGGCAAAGACAAUCCUCAACCGCUACAUCAAUCUAGGCUCUUGUAUCGUAGAGCUGACAGAGCUUGCAAGAUAUGGCGAUAUACCGCUUUGCAACUUAGAGCGGGACGACCCUCGCUUCCUCAUCGACAUUGCCUAUGCGAGGCGGCUUCAAAAGAACAAUGUUGUGUUAUGGUGGUCAGCCGGUCCACGACCUGACCAUGCUGGUCAUGAAAAUGACGAUACACUUGCCCCCUUGGACACUGUUCAAAUGCCAUCUGUCAAUAAUCCUGGAACCUAUCCCUCAGUUUGCAUCGAGCUUGACGUUCGAAACUUGGCUAUAAACACAAUAUUGACCUCAUCCUUGAUUAACGAGUUGGAAGGAAGCGAUUCCGUGUCAUUCAAUCCAGCAGCCCCUUCCAAUGACGAACCUAGCGACGGGACUAGUGUGCUUUACGCAGAGAAUGCCUUUGCCGCAGCAGGUAUUGCAGUCAUGCGUGAAAUGGUCAAAGCUUGGUGGACCGAAGCUUGCAAAGGUAGUCCAAUGGCCGAUAUCAUGGUUCAACAUCUCGUUCGAUGGGUUGAGAAUCCAGACUCUUUUCUGUAUGAUCGAUCACUACACUACUAUGUGCAGAUGAUGUCUCGAAAAGCAUUCCAGCAGUUAAUGACCGAUUUCCGCAGAGUUGGCUCUCAUGUUGUGUUUGCCAGUGCAAAUCGGUUACUUCUGCAAACAACGAAGGCCGAAGUUGGAAACGCAUUUGCAUACAGUCAGUACAUUUUAAAAUCCAUCAAAGCAAAACCUUUAUUCCAUUUCUUGGAUUUAGAAAUUAAGGAGUACUGGGAUUAUCUGGUAUGGUAUGAUGAGUUUAACUAUGGAGGCAAGGCAUGCCAGGAGGUCGUGGAAGCAGAAAAUCAAACAUUGGAUUGUAUUAUGCAUUGGCAGCUGAACAAGUUUUUACCGACAUCAUUACAACCAAUCUUCCACGACUGGGUCGUCGAGUUUAUCGAAAUCAUGCACAAACUUAAACGACCCCGUACAAUUGUCGAUGGGGUCGAAUCAACCCCAAGGGCAACUCAGCUGCCGGUGAGAAAUCUUAGUGACGACAAGGAGGAUAAGAUUGUCCUUGGAAAAGAGUUCGAGAAACCGCUGAAGCGCCAGACCGCUGGUCUCAUCCGCCGACAAAGGGAAGAAAUGCUCCACCCUGAGCUAGCCUCCGACUAUAUCUUCCCAACUCUGCCAGGUUCUCAUCUAAAAUUCUCAAAUCCUAUUCUACAACUCGUCAAAUCACUUAUGCAAGUCCUGUCUCUCGAUAAAAACAUUACUCUCGAAGCUCGUCUCCUCCGCAAAGAGCUGCUCGCCCUUUUCGAAGUACGAGAAUUCAGCAACGAAGCACGUUUCGAAAACCCAUCAGAGAGUCUGAAAAUGCAACAAGUGAUUUGCGACAACUGCACCAUGGCUCGCGACCUCGAUUUCUGCCGUGACGAAGAUCUCAUUCCUGAUGUUCCGGGCCAAGAUGCUUCCACAAGACCAUGGCAAUGUGGUUUCUGCCACGCGGAGUAUAAUCGUCUAGAUAUCGAAGAAAGACUUAUCGCGGAGGUUCAGGGAAUGGUUAUGGAGUGGGCGACGCAGGACUUGAAAUGUGUCAAAUGCAAGAGCGUGCGGGUUAAUGAUUUUAUGGAGCAUUGUGCGUGUAGUGGGGAGUGGGGCGGGAGUUUGAAGAGAGAGGACGUUGUAAAGAAAUUAGGAGUUUUUAAGGGGGUGGCUGGCUACUAUGGGUUGAAGAUGCUAAGGGAUGUUGUGGAGGGAGUUUGGAAUGGGUUAUGA